UUCAGUUGAAUUUGUCGACCCGUUGUCGUUUGUUGCCUUGCUUUGUUUUGUGUGUUUUAAAAAAGAGUGCAGCAUAAAAUAAAUAAUUUAGUUUUAAUUGCACAGAACUUUUUGUAUUUUUAGUGUUUUUUUGUGAAUAAACUCAAUCAAAGGAUAAACUAUUUAUUGCAGCAAAAGGUAUUAAAAUCAAUUCAAGAUGUUAGCCAAAAACAAUUCUGUUCAACAGCAGCAAUCAAGACGCGCUCCUCUAUCACUAAGUACUUCCAUGAAGCCAACAAAAUCCAAUGACAAUAACAAAAAAGAGACCACCACCAACAAUCAAAAGACUGAUAAUAAUUCAAAAAAAGACUCUCUACAAGAAAGAAAACUUUCUGCUGAUAAAAAACAAUCUUCAACUGACUCGAAAAGGUCCUCGUCAACAUCAUCCACCGAAUCAUCGAAGAAACUCGAAGCAAACAAAAUCAAUAAUAAAAAUGAUGAUAACAAGAAAAGUCAAAAUGGUGUCAAUGGAAAUAACCUUAAAGACAAAGCUAACAACACCACAACUUCCAAUGAAGCUACGGCUAAAACUAAGCCAGAACCAUCAUCUAAUGGCAAUGCUUCGAAAUCAUUAGCAGACAAGAAAAAUAAUCCUGUGGUAGAUGUUGUUGCAUCGGCGAAAAAUGACACCAAGGAAAAACCAACUACCCAAAAGACCCAAGAGACUAAAAAUGAAGAAAAUAAGGAUAAAGCUGCUGAGAAAAAUAAGGAAAAGACCGCCGAGGUUUCAAAUUCAAAACAAAACCAGGAAAAGUGUUCGCUUUCAAUAAAGGAAAAGAAUACAGAAGCUAAUGCUGAAGCUGAAGCCACCAUUGAUAAGAAGAAAAACGAUGAAAAGGUGGUCGAAGAAAAGAAUGUCACAAUUCAAAGUGCUGAAAAGACAAAUGUUAUAGACCAAGAAGCAGUAAUGAGUGUCUCAGAGAGCAAUGAACAAAAUUCUCCCGCAACCCAAACGCCGAAAAAAACCGAAGAAACCAAAGUUUUGACGACCCAGAUCAACAGCGAUAAGAAAGAGGAGUUGGAAACACCGAUUGUAGAAAAUCCACAAGCCAAUGAUUUGCUGGAAGACGUCAUGAUGGAACCCUUGGAAUUUACGGAAGAACCAACAUGUAACAUUUUUGCAGUUUCAACACCAGCUAAGAGCUGCAGUCCCAAGGAAGCCCAAAACCUGUUCGAAAUGCCAUCGAAAAUGUCUCCCAAAUCUGAAGUUAAACCAUCCUCGGCACAAUUGACACACACCCCCGAUCGCAAGUCUUGCCCGAGAACAUUUUCCGCCAUAUCGGGUCGUCGAAGUAUUCGCCCGAUUGGUGAUUACACUUUCAGCGGAAAUUUACAAAUUCGAGAGUCUUACAGGAAGAUCAACACCGAGCUAGAUUUCACAACUUCCAGUUUGAAUGUCACUGUAGGAUCCGAAGUGCCAAAUAACGAAUCGUUUUCGUUCUUCUCUCGAUCACGCAAACGAGAUCGAUCAUCCCCCAUCCCCCAAGCGGCUAUGGAAGUACAGAGUGAACUUAGUCCCAAGAGCCCUAAGCGUCCGAGAAUCGAUAUGUCAGGAUUGUUCAAUGCCAUGGCCAGUCCAAUAACAAUGCUUCGAGCUCGUCUAGCCCGAGCUUCGGUCCAAUCGACGCCGAAGAGGCAGAUUGUUGAUUCAAUCGAACAGGAUGAUACAGAAUGUAUCAGCAAUUGCAGUUGAAGCCGUCGAAGAGGAGGAACUAACAGCAACAGAAGAGCAGACAUUUAAUCCGGACAGCACAGUUGCCGACACCAAUGAACCCUGCGAGGAGGAACCUUCUAAAUCUUCACAGAGCCCUGCUGUUCUCGGAGAUGAUGGUGAUGAUGACAUCAAGAUCAAAGAGUACAUUACUGCAACAGAUUCACAAGCCAAGAAGAAAUGUAGCAUUAUGUAAUGCUAUUUAGGAACUUACUCUUUCUUUUUUAUUUUAGUAGUAUAAAAGCAUUAUAAAAGGAUAAUAAUAAUAAUAAUAAUUAACUUACAAUCAUAGUACUGUAUUGUAGUAAAAGAAAAGCAGGACACAUAUCCCAAAUAAGUCGGUUUAGAGAAAACAUUUUCUUUUGGCAAUCUCACUUCGUGUUUUUACUGUUAAGUUUUCUAAUUUUUGUCUUAGAUAUUGGAAAAAUUGCUUAUAUUUUAAAAGAGAGAAACAAAUUGCCAAGAAGUGCGUUAAAAUUGUAGUUGCCAUUUUUUUUUUGUUUAGACAAUCACAUUUCUUCUCCGUAUGACUGUGGUCUUGAAAUUUUGACUUUACACCACGUCGUCAUUUCGGAAGAGGAAUCCAAAAUGAUUAAUGAUUAUUGCUUUUCUUUUUUUUAUUUGACGUCUGACACAAGAUUACAUAACUUACAUACAUACUUUAUAAACUUAACAUGUAUAUCUGUUUAAGUGUAAUAUAUUUUUUUUUACGAAAUGUACAA